CCUCGCCGGACACGGAGCUCCGGGUCAGGCACACCCAGAUUUUCAUCAACAACGAAUGGCUGGACUCGGAGAGCGGGAGAACCUUCCCCGUCUACAAUCCGGCGCUGGGAGAACCGAUCUGCGAGGUGCAAGAAGCGGACCAGCUGGACACGGACAAAGCGGUGCGGGCGGCCCGGCUGGCCUUUUCCCGCGGAUCGGCCUGGCGGAGGAUGGACGCCUCGGAGAGGGGAGCCCUCCUGGGAAAGCUGGCCGACCUGGUGGAGAGGGACCGGGUCACGCUGGCGACGCUGGAGUCCCUGAACAGCGGGAAGCCCUUCCUGCAGGCCUUCUACGUGGACCUUCAGGGCGCCAUCAAGACCCUGCGCUACUACGCCGGGUGGGCCGACAAGGUCCAGGGCGCCACCAUCCCCGUGGACGGAGACUUCUUCACGUUCACGCGCCAGGAGCCCAUCGGCGUCUGCGGACAGAUCAUCCCCUGGAACUUCCCUCUGCUGAUGUUUGCCUGGAAGAUCGCGCCGGCCCUUUGCUGUGGGAACACGGUGGUCUUGAAGCCGGCCGAGCAGACCCCGCUCAGCGCCCUCCACAUGGGGGGCCUCAUCAAGGAGGCCGGCUUCCCUCCGGGUGUGGUCAACAUCCUUCCCGGGUUCGGACCCACGGCCGGAGCGGCCAUUGCCUCCCAUGUGGGCAUCGACAAAGUGGCCUUCACCGGCUCCACCGAGGUGGGGAAACUGAUCCAAGAAGCCGCCGGAAGAAGCAACUUGAAGAGAGUGACCCUGGAGCUCGGGGGGAAGAGCCCCAACAUCAUAUUUGCAGAUGCAGAUUUGGAGGAGGCGGUGGAGCAGGCGCACCAGGGGGUCUUCUUCAACCAGGGCCAGUGCUGCACCGCCGGGUCCCGGGUCUUCGUGGAGGAGCCCGUCUACGAGGAGUUUGUGCGGCGCAGCGUGGAGCGGGCCCAGCGCAGGGCCCUCGGGAGCCCCUUCGACCCCGCCACCGAGCAAGGCCCACAGAUUGACCAGAAGCAGUACGACCGGGUCCUGGAGCUGAUCCAGAGCGGCGUGGCGGAGGGGGCCCGGCUGGAGUGCGGGGGCCAAGGCCUGGCCCGCAAGGGCUUCUUCAUCCAGCCCACCGUCUUCUCCAACGUCACCGACGACAUGCGCAUCGCCAGGGAGGAGAUCUUUGGCCCCGUCCAGGGCAUCCUGCGCUUCAAGACCAUGGAGGAGGUCAUUGAGCGGGCCAACAACUCCGACUUUGGGCUGGUGGCCGCCGUCUUCACCCGCGACCUCAACAAGGCCUUGGCCGUCUCCUCCGCCAUGCAAGCCGGCACCGUCUGGGUCAACUGCUACAACGCCCUCAACGCCCAGAGUCCCUUCGGAGGGUUCAAAAUGUCCGGCAACGGGAGGGAAAUGGGUGAGUGCGGCCUGCGGGAGUAUUGCGAGGUGAAGACGGUGACGAUAAAGAUCCCCGAGAAGAACUCCUAAGGAUCCGGCAGUGGGCGGGCGAGUGACCCAUUGGCCGCUCUCCGUGGUGAGGACUGCCACUCAGGAAUUUGUACCAAGUGACACUGACCUUGUAGGAUCUUUUGUUAUUUCCCAAUCAAGUCGCAACCGGGCCCACGGAAAACAGCCGGCGGUUUUUGGACACGAUUGGGCCGAAAGCAAAGGCAAGAGCUGCAUUUUGGGGGCUUUGUUUGGAUAUUUUUUUUCCGAAGGGCAGCUGUGUAUAUUCAGCUGUCCGUUGUUUGUGACCGCAUCGUGAUUCCAUGAGCCCAGCAUCAUCAUCAUCAUUAUUAUUAUUGCUCUCGGUAUCACAUCAUCUCCCCGAAUGACUCAGACGCAUUAAGCCCUGGAGUCAGCAAAUAACAGGAAAGCAUCAGAUGGAGGAACGCAUCUACACGGGGGAAUUGAUGCGGAUUGGCACCACUUCUCAAUGCUAGGGAAUCCUGGGAGCUGUCCUUUGGUGUCACUCUGUGGGCAGAAAAGGCUCAAGAAUAUAAUAAUAAUAAUAAUAAUAAUAAUAAUAAUAAUAAUAAUAAUAAUAAUAAUGCAUUGCUAAAACACAUAAUCAUACAAAAACACUCCAUUGAAUGCAUGUACUGAAACAUAUUUCCAGCUCCCGCGAUUCCAUAGCACCGAGCCCAUUAAAGCAGGACCAAACUGCAUCCGUUCUGCAGUGUAGAUGCACCCAAAAAGGCAGCCAAAUGCAUGGGCUUGUUUCCCUGCCCGUUGACUCUCCUGCCCGCCACUCGUGUGGUGCGGACCCCUUUUCCCGCCUUCUUCCCCCGUUUUGUAUUUAUGCCGCCCGCUCUCUUGCUCCCGGUCCCCUUCCUUCCCUUCCUCGCAUGCAGGCCUUUGCAAGCCAACCAGCGACACCCCUGAGCUGCGCAAGGAAAAAUCCUCCUAAGGAAAAAUCAUUUAUAGUCUUCUUCGUGUAUCCCUUUCUGUAUUAUAGGCGUGCUUGUCUCUUGGUGUGUGUCGUUGCAAAUAAACCCAGGUAACGAGUCCAA